AUGGGGCAACAUUUGCAAAUUCUCCAGCCCCAGCGUCGCACCCCAGAAACUGUCCAGCUUGAGUUCAUUGAUGAGUUCGUCAGGCCAUCCGAGGGAUGGGACAGGGAGGACAUCACCCAGGGGGUCCCGCGAGUCUCCCAGGGGGAGCUGUCCUAUACCCUGAACCUGAGCGCCACACUGCAGUCGCCUCACGGCAUCAACCGCUUGCUCUCCAACUGCCCCCUCACUCCCCUGAGCUACACGGCUGGGAAACGGACCAGCGCCCAGAGCGUAGGAUACACCAUGGCUGAGUCCCUGCAGUGCGUCCAGCAGCCCCAGGCCGACCUGGGGGGCACUGAGAUCUUGGCGCUGCUACAAGCCAUUUACCGCAGCCCCUGCCAGGACGGGCACCUGCGCCAGCUCUUUGUGUUCACAGACGGGGAGGUGGGGAACACCCAGGACGUCAUUGCCGAGGUGCCGCAUCACCAGGGGGGCCACAGGUCCUUCUUCUUCAGCAUCGGGGAAGGGGCCUCCACGGCUCUGGUCAAAGGCAUCGCCUGGGCAGCAGGGGGCAGCGCCGAGUUCAUCACGGGCCAGGACCGCAUGCAGCCCAAGGCACUGCAGUCUCUGAAGCGGGUCCUGCAGCCGGCCGUGACCGGGAUCUCGCUGUGCUGGGAUCUGCUGUCAUAA